GAGGCAGCCUUCCUUUUCGUUACACUUUAGGCUGCCGGAAAUAACAGACAACAGGAAGCGGUCUCAGUCAUGAAGAUGACAGAGGGAAACAGUUCUGGAAAGUUAGAAAUAACAAUGGACGAUGUUAAAGUCUUAAUAAAAAAGAAGGAUGAAAUUGAGGAGCAAAUAAAGGCCUAUUACGACAUGUUGGAAGACCAGGGUGUUGGUGUUUCUGAACCUCUGGUGGAUGAAGAAGGUUAUCCCAGAGCUGACGUCAAUCUAUACCAAGUCAGGACAGCGAGACACAGCAUUUCGUGUCUACAGAAUGAUCACAAAGCCGUUAUGGCACAGAUUGAAGAAGCACUGCACAAGCUUCAUGCGAAUGAUAAAGCCAAACGUGAGCAUGAUGAAGAAGAAGCUCGGGUGGAGAUGAUGGAGCAACAGGUCACCCUGCCUCCUCCAUAUGCACGAGUAGAUGCUGUAACACAAGGCUCACCUGCAUGUACAGCUGGUCUAAGAGUUGGUGAUGACCUCAUUGAGUUUGGUUCCGUUCACUCAGGAAACUUCCAGAACUUGCAGAAUAUUGCUGUUGUGGUUCAACACAGUGAAGGGAAACCACUGCGUGUCACAGUCAUCAGAGGUGGAGAAAAAGUUCAGUUAAGUCUGACUCCACAGCGAUGGUCUGGUAGAGGUCUGCUGGGAUGCAACAUUGUUCCAAUUCAGCGGUGAUCAACACUGAGACGCGUCAGUUCAUCAGUUCAUUUAUACCUGGAUGUUUUCAAACUCAGGUUUUCACCAGUUUUGUACCUUGUACUUGAUCAGUACAUAACCAUCAGUUUGAUGAAAUUCAAAAUGACAUUGAAGUUACAUUGCUUGUAUUGGAUUUAUUACUAAAUAAUGAGUAAAGGUCUACAUGAUAAGUUACUUCAAGUUACCUUUCUUUUUAUAACCGACUAGAGUCAGAGAUUUAGUUUAAUAAUGUGCAAAAAUAUUACAUCACAACAUUUUUUCCAGGUUCAGUAAAUUUUCUUUAAUCACAGAAAUAUCCAUUUCAUCUGUUAUUAUGAAAAUGAACAACAGAACUUAUGUAUACACAUUGUUGUAGAGCAAAACAAAUGAAAUAAGUGUAAAUAUAAUGAAAUGUGUUGAGGUAAACAGGAUAAAACUGUAAUUA